AUGGAAGCCACAGCUUGGGAUGACGGAUACCCAAAGUAUAAAGGCUGGGUCCGUUGCGGUUGCGACUACGUUCGACCUGCCUGCGGGUAUAAUGAUUGCGAAGGGGGGUUUCACGGCCGUGAUGGAGGUGUUUGGAUUGACUGGGAGUUCGAGGGAGGGGUAACAAAGAGGAGAUGGUAUUGCGACUGGGAUUGUGCUACGUGGACAGCUGAACAACUGUGUGAAUGCGACGAUUCAGAUUGUCUUUGCGGCGGUUAA